UCCAUGAUGAGGAACUACCAUAGACCCAUCUUACCAGGGCCUGCACCGCCUACACCCAAUCGAGGUCCACCCCCUGCCAAACGGAGACGCACUGGUGUCGCUUGCAAGACCUGUCGGCAGAAAAAGUUGUCUUGCACCGGCGAACACCCAGCAUGUUCUCGUUGUGUCCAGGCCAAGGUUGAGUGCGUUUAUGUCUCAGCAAACGAAAAUAAACUGUCGGAGCCCAACGAUUUCGUACAACACCUUUUGGCUUUGCCGGAACCUGAUGCUGUAGAGAUUCUUCGACGACUAAGGAUGACCCGGAAUGUUUCCAAUGCUAUUUCCUCUUUCAAUGGCGCUGCUCAUGCAUCCAUCAGACCGUCUGACCUGACUACAGCUCGUGCGAUACUGCCACCCACUGCUUCUGCCCUAGAAUUCGAACUAGGCAUGCUCCAUCACUCGGUUUUCCCGGUUCUGGUAUCAUUGGACGUCACAAGCAUCGAAAAGAGGCGCUCUCCUCAAGCCAUAGGACAAGCUUCUCCAUCUGGCCCAAGUACCGCCAAUGAAGACAACACCGCCCAACUUUCGCUCACCACUGGCCCUCCAUCACCCAUUCAAGGAACUUCAUCUUUGCGCAAUUCAACAAUAUCUGGACCCCUCGAGGACCGCCAUUAUUGUGACCCCAGGUUGAACAAGCUCAAAAUCGAUUACUGGACCAAAAUUCCCAUCAGCGAUGAAUUUGCCGCUUCUGUUCUAUCUUAUCACUUUGAAACAUAUCAUGCCAUCUUUGGCUGCGUAGAUGUUGACCUCUUCAUAGCCGAUCUAGUCGAUCAUAAGCUCGACUACUGCUCACCGUUCCUUGUUUCUGCCAUCAUGUCUUUAGCAUGUCAAUCAUACAGCACUUUCGAUAUCCGCUCAUCUGCAUUCAUUGUCCCGUUCAUACAAGAUGCCGAGAAGCUAUGGAAAGCCGAACGCAUGUCUGAUAGCCCAAAGAAUCUCGCCGCCCUAUGCUAUCUGGCCUUGGCAUGUACUGCGCAUGGUGACGAACAGCUGAGAUUUGACUCAGUGGUUGAGAUACGUGCCAUGGCAAAGAGAAUGGCACUCAUCGAUGUACGGCCAAGCGACAAUGUCAUUGAGAAAUUCCACCAGCUUCCCGUGGAAAAAAUCAAGGAGAUGUCUCACGCUGCCUGGGCAGUAUACGGAGCAUUAUCAUUUCUAGGACUCUACUUCCCGGCGCCGCCUAUUUCGUUCCCCCCAUCACUUCCUGUCCCCGGGAAUGCCGGCGCAUCCACUGGCUCACUGGAUAUUGUAUGGCCACCUCAUCCGCUUCCACUUUAUAUGGGACGGACUUUUUCCACGCUCAGCGGGCUCUGGAUCAUCGUUCAGGAAAUCAACUCGAUGUUUUUUUCCUCCGACGACAAGCCGGUAGCCGAAAGAGUUCCCCUAUCCUUUAUAGAAUCGAAAUGUCAAAAACUACUCGCCUGGGCUGAUACUCUCAGCAAGGAAAUGCUCCGAGAAGAACACUCCACCAGCCAUGUGUUUUUCUUCCAUGGCGUUUAUCAUUUCGCUAUGCUCGCACUGCUGCGGCCACUGGCGAGGAUGCCAAAAGACCAGCAGCUCCGCCUUGGCUCCUUUUCAUCUCCCGACGCAACGCCCUCGGCCCUCUAUUCGGCAUCCAUGAACCAGCUCAAAGCAAUCACGGUCGCCUUCUGCGCCGACCCAACACCAGGGAUCGGAAAUGUAUGGUUCAACUGCGUCGUCGUAGAAGUCGCCAUUGACUUGAUCAAGAACCCUGUCAAAGACGCACAAUGGCACUUUUACUUCAAAAUCUGCUUCGAGUACUGGAUAAGGGUAUGCGUAAGAUACCGGACUUACUUGGCAGUCACUCAUGCGAUGCUUUCAAUGGCAUUGAAUGCGGGAGUUGUCGACUAUGACUACGUGGCGCGCGUGAAGAAAGACCUGCGGACUGCUGCGCCGCAUUACGCGCCCAACGGCGCGAGGUCCAGUGCCAGGUUGACCAUGGAGUCUGCGCUUGCCGGUGUGGAGGAAGCGAGCGUCGAUAAUCUUGCUACGCGGCUUGAUGAGCUCUCCGUGUUCUAUGAGUUGACGAAUCUGGAAGAACAAGGCGAAGAUGACUGCAACUGA